AUGAAGUACCAGGUGCUGCUUGUCUUGGUGGCCACAGUGGCCGCCGUGAAGCAGAAAAGGCUUGCAUCCUGGCCGGUGGAGGCAAGCCCUGAGCAUGAUGCCUGGGGUCACAGGAGCCGAGAAUCGCUUGGCAUCCAUGGGUUGACCUUGCUCCUAGCCCUGGCGGCCUUGAGUACAUGUGCUGUGGGUCUGGGCAUGUUCUACUUUCAAGCGGUUCGUGACGCCGAAGCCUUGCUGAAGACGCGAAAGUUCGGAGAGUCCAACGCAGAGGGGGCAUGUUGCGAUGCUCCUGUCUACGGGCGAGCCUCCAGAGCGAUGUUCGGCUUUGCAUCCCAGCGGGGUGGAUGUGAGAACUCUCAGGUUUCGCAGGCAAAGUUCAAGGAUUGCGUGAACAAUGGGUUGGCCCAGCCUCGGACAAUUCUGGUUGGGCAAUGA